CCUCCUCGCCCUCCCCCCUCCUCGCCCUCGCCCUAUCCCGCUUCCUCGCCCUAUCCCGCUUCCUCGCUCGCACGCCCUGCCGGAUGGCUGCACAUCCGAACAAGCGCCCGCGGCCGGGGUCUGGAGGCUCGUCAGCGGGGCUUCAAAUGGAGGACAUCGUUGUGCUGAUCUCCUCGGACAGUGAUCUGUCGGAUGUCGAUGUUGGCGGGCCGCCGCGCCCGGUCCAGCAGGCUGUUGCUACCAGCUCCCUGUCUUUCGGUGGGGAAGAUCUCCUGGCCAGCCUUCGCGCGGAGGCCGCCGCUUCAGCCGCAACAAGGCCUUCCAUCCCCACGCCGUCCUUCUCCGCGGACGACCUCCUUCCCGGUCGGGCCCAUCCGCCAGCCGCAAUAUUUGAUUCCCGGUCGGCGCCUGCUCUGGACAGCGGAUGGUCUGAUGCGGUGCCCCCUCUCGGCCCGAGCCUGAAUCACGGAUCGCGGCCGGUCUCCCCGUCACAACAGCCCAGACAGCGGGCCAAUGUUGGCUCCAAGCGUCUGUCCGGAGCCGCGGCCCGGUCAAGUACGUCAGCCGCCCUGGCCCCGGAUACGGCUCCCGCGCCGCGAAUUACGAUUGACCGACGGUGGGACAUCCCCCGAUCGAAGGGCAAAGUUCGUGACGACCUGGCACCUGCCUUGAUCGAGAGCCUGGAGCACAUGUGCGAUGCCAAGUUUUUUCCCUCGAUCACCCGAUCGGAGCUGGCAUACUCGCUGCCGCCGCUUCCUGGACUUGGGUCCGGCCCCGCGAGCGUGCCCCCAGAUCCCGUACAGCCGGUGGAUCUCGAUCUCCAGGAGUUGACGGCCCUCUUCCCUUCGGGAAAUGCCCACCCCGGCUCGCGACUCAGUCAGAGGUCCCUCCCUGUGGCGCGAUCCCUGCAGGUGGUCAUCUCCGAGCCGCUGAAUCUCUAUCCGGCCGGUGCCUUCGAGACGAGCUCCUCCCUGACAGUCCCAGUCACCUACACCCUGGCUCUGGUCACCGCGCGGGAGUUCGCCGAACCGGCUUUUCGGGCCACCCUCCGAAGGACCCUGGCCGAGUGGGCGUUCGCCGCGUCGCCGCGCAGCUCGCUGCCCUGGUGCACGGAUGUGCCGGGCUCCGGGACCCGUCCUGUGCCGACUGGCUUGCGAGACUUUGACCCUUUUGUGGAUUUGUUUUCCUCCGGGCCCGGUGGGCUUGGUCGACAGUCGCCCAGUCGCGAGGCGGGUACCAUUCAGUCGCAUCGCCGCCAUGCGCUGCUCAUUGUGGAAGGACGUGCGGUUUUCGAGAAAUCCCUGCGAAAGGCCGCUGCCGCGCGCUUUGCCUCGGCCGCGGCCGAAGUUGCCUCUCAAGGGGCCGACCUCUCGAGUGGCCUCUCAUCUGGCGGCUCGAGUGAUGAGGAGGAGCCGACCGAUGCACCUGGCGACCUGGGUACCGGCAGGCCGGCGCCCAUCUUGACCACCACUCAGUUUCGCCAGGCACUUGUUCAUCUGCAGUUGGACACCGGCAUCCAGCUGGUGGAGACCGCUACCCGCAAGGAAAGUGUCCGGAAGCUCCUUGCGCUGGUGUAUUCGUUGAUCCGGAAAAACCGGCGGGUCGGUUCGGAUGUGGGCCAACAGCACCUCGAGGCUUUUAAACGGACGGCCACCUCAGCCGGCCAAGCACCAGCCGCCGUCUUUUUGAAGAAUGCAUUGAUGAUGAUUCCCAAGGUGUCGGAGGAUGUGGCCGAUGCAAUUGUCAUGGUAUAUCCCUCAUUGGCGGCACUCAUGCGACAGUAUGAGAGCCUGGUCGGAGUGGACCCCGGGUCGGACCCUGGGCGCGUCCGCCAGGCCGAGCAGCUUCUUGCAGACAUCAUCCCGCGCAAUCGUCUUCGGCCUAUCGGCCUCCCCCUUUCGAAGGUCGUCUUCCAGACAAUGUAUGCUCGCGGCCGAGACGGAGCACAGCGCUUUGUGGCGGAUCUCUAAUUUGCCUCCCCUGUCCGGGCAUUGGGGGCCGGCCACGCGUACCAUCUACGACGCUAUCUAAAGGGAUGUAUUUUUU